UGCCGGUUCCAUUGCCUCAGCGUGCUGUGAUUCCCUGGCGCUUGCAAACUCUACGGCGACAUGAGGAGCUUGUCGCGGCCGAACUCCUGCCCUUCCUUGACGAUCGAUCUGGGCUUGCAACGAAGCACUCGUGAUGAAGAACCUUCAGAGCCGUCUACAUCCACCAGGCAGAUCCAGCACUUGCGGAAGGUGAACGGGGGUCUCUUCAGCGAUGCCCCGUCGUGGCAGCGGGACACCGCCACUGCGCCACUGCUGCCCUCGAGGCAUCGGUGCCUGUCACGGUCCAUUUGGUCCAACGCCGUGGGCUGCUAUGAGAUGUUCCCGGAGGUCUCGGAGGCGAAGUCGAGUUACGUGGAUCACAAGCCGAAACGCUUCGGACCGGCCAAGUGCUUCGUGAGUCAUCCAGACGCUUUCAGCAUCCACCGGGAGGAAAGCUUCAAGUUUGGCAACAAGCAGAUGAUGCGAAUGGGCGCCCGCCCGAACGCGCCGUCUGAGAAAGCUGCGCAUGGCUGACAGAGGAAAUUUCCAAUGCCGUCUUUCGGGUCCGAAUUUUGCUUAUCCAUUGGGUGGUUUCCAC